UGGUUUUAUUUAUAUUUGCUCUCACUUUAGUAUUAGGCUUAGCGGGUCAGUCAGUUUUACCAUUCAGGUUUUUAUUUGAUUAACAUUUUUUCACUGAAAUGGGCUGUCCUAUGGGUUUUGGAGAAUUAAACAUUCCCUCUUCAAGAGCUUUUUGGGAUGACUGUGAUGAGGAUGAAUGCCCCAAGACUGAAGCAGAAAAGCUGCAAUUGAAAUAUGAAAGCUGCCCCGAUGGCGCUGAUUGGAAAAAUUGUAAACUCAUGUUUGUACUUGAGGGUCCUAAUAUUGCAGAUUUUGGCCAAGGCACAUUGCUAAUGAAUGAUAGUAUAAAGAUAGCCACAAUACCUAGCAAGAAAUCCACUUUGCAUUUUUCUCCCAAAAAGCAAAUGUUAAUUGCCAUAAUAGACGAAGACUUGAACACAAGUGGUGAGAUAUGUGACCUCUUACUGGCACUAUGUAAACCCCAGGAAGUAAUCACAUUGACAAUAAAACCAAAAGUUGACUAUAAAAGUGAAAACAUAGCAGCUGUUAGAGAAGAGAUAACAUUUCUAAGAUCCAUGGAGGGAGAGUUGAAAGAUAUUGCGCCACUAGAAGCACCUAACUUUAUAGCUGGUGUGGCAGCGGGAGUAUGUUCUUGGCGCAGCAAUGAGAACUUGAAGAACCAAACCUAUAUAGCAUACACCGAUAAUAUAGCCUUAGACCCAUUGGCCGCAAAACCCAUAUGGAAGCUUUUAAAUGAUUUAAACAUUGAAUGUUGCAGCUCAUACAAACCUAAGAAGCGUGAUGAUUCCCAUUUAUACAUGUAAUUCGUCGCAAAGCCACAUUGGUAAUUUCAAAAUAAUUAAAAUUUAACUUCAGGGUUACGGUACAAUUUCUGGUAUUUUAUAAAAAAAUUCAAUUUUAUUAAAAAUAACAAAAACAGUUUAUUUAUCUAAAUCAAAAAUACUCAAAUUUAGUCCCUUAGACCUUUGUUCCAAAUGUGCUUUUAAUAUGGCAAUAAACUGAGGGCGAUGCAGCAAAGAGUAAGCCUGCACCAGCAAUGUA